GGUGAAUGUCGUAAAUUGAAGUUUCCUGCUUCUUUCUCCUUUACUGACAAACGUCUGAAAGGCCAUACAAUUAGAACAAGCCAAGUCCCGGACAUAGAUAUCUGUGAACUGCUGUGCUACCAGGAACCUAACUGUGUUAGCAUUAAUUUUAAAUACGAAGUGCGCUCGGUGGCAGAAGGCAGCUACAACUGUGAAUUAAACAAUUCAACUCAUCUGGGACACGAUCAGGAUUUCGUGGACGCAAAAGGAUACGUUUAUCGUGGAGCAGAGGUAAGCAAUUAUGAAGUUCCUCUACAAAGGAACAAAGGAAUAUCUGCAGUGAUAUCUAUGCCCUUUGCAAAUUAUAAAAUUGGAUAUAAGAAUUAUAAUUAGAAAGUUGGCAGCGUGGCCGAAUGGUCCGCACACCAGCUUAAUGAAAACAAAAUCUGUUAUUUACCCUCGGCAGUCAUUUAUAGCAACAAUGCUAGUGGGGCUGAGCAAAUGCCUGAGGCAGAUAAUUUUUAAAUCAAACAUAACAGUGUUAAGAAUUCCAACUGGCCGGAGUCAAACCAGCUAGCUAAUAACAAGUGUGGUCGAGGAUUUGAACUCGGGACUACGGAGAAUUAACAAAUCCAGCUAACGGUCAUGCAGAGCGGGUCUUGAACUUGUCUUUUUUCUUCUUUAUUCUGUUUUCAAAUUCUUUCUUUCUAUCGUGUAACUUAAAAAAAUUCCCUUUAUCUAAAGAGUGCUUGUGAUAAAGCUCCUUGUGAGAACGGUGGAACAUGCCAAGCUGGAUUUACAGAAAAAGGAUUCCGUUGUUUGUGCCCGGCUUAUGUCACCGGUAUACGCUGUGAACACGGUAGGGAACGUUAA